UACCAACAUGGCCGCGAAAAAAGUCGUGCAAAAUAUUCGACUUUUAAAAGUUCGUCCCUUAAUUGAUUUAAGGGUCAGAUAUUUCUCCAAGGAGUUGCGGCAUGGAUUUAUUGGAAUGGUUGGCAACACCCCCCUGAUAAGGUUUAACAAGCUUAGUGAAAGAACAGGAUGUGACAUCACAGCUAAAGCAGAGCAUCUUAACCCGGGAGGCUCAGUGAAGGAUCGUGCUGCACUCUACCUUAUAAAAGAAGCAGAAGAGAAAGGUUUAGUAAAACCUGGCGGAACAGUGGUGGAAGGCACAGCUGGAAAUACAGGGAUAGGUCUUGCUCACAUCUGUCUUGCGAAGGGUUACAAGUGUGUUAUUUAUAUGCCAAACACUCAAUCCCAGGAAAAGAUAGAUGUACUUCAGACUUUAGGUGCUGAUGUAAGACCGGUACCUGCUGUACCAUUUGACGACCCUAUGAACUACAAUCAUCAGGCUAGAAGAUUUGCUGAGACCAUCGAGAAUGCAAUCUGGACAAAUCAGUUUGACAACAUAUCCAAUAGGAGAGCUCAUUUUGAGACUACAGGACCAGAAAUCUGGAAUCAAACAGAUGGACGGAUAGAUGCUGUUACUUUUUCUACUGGGACUGGAGGCACAUUGGCUGGUGUAGGGACAUAUCUUAAAUCAAAGAAUCCAAAUGUUAAAGUUGUUUUAGCUGAUCCUGAGGGUAGUGUUCUCUACAAUUAUUUCAAAUAUGGGGAAUUAAAAAGAAGUGAUGGCAGCUCCAUCACAGAAGGUAUUGGACAGGGACGAGUAACAACCAACUUAAAAGGUGCUCCAAUUGACGAUGCUGUGUUUGUGAGUGAUAAAGAAGCAGUUGAGAUGACGUUCUUCUUACUUCACGAAGAAGGCUUCUUUGUAGGAGCUUCCUCUGGUUUAAACGUCGCUGCUGCUGUCAAGGUCGCGGAGAUGCUUGGCCCUGGUCACGUGAUUACCACGUGCCUGUGUGACACGGGGCAGAAAUAUUUUGCACGUCUCUUUAGUAGGAAUUGGAUGGAGUCUAAAGGUCUUCUAGACGUAAUUCCUGAAAAAUAUCGCCAUUCCUUACAGUGAUGGUAGAAUGCUUAGUAGAUACUUAGUUAAUAAAUGAUUUCUAGUCAAGCUCUCUUGCGAUGUGCAGCCCUUCUGGAGAAGGGUUAAGGACCGUGUACUCCAUCGGUCAAAUGCGUAGACAGUAGUAGUGCAUAUUUAAUAAAUGUUAAAGCCUGGUUUCGUUUGCAGCGCAAACCCAAGCACAAGCGCAAAGACAAUAAUUCAUAUUUCACAGUGAAAACGGCCUUGACGCACGCAGAAGCACACGCGCACGCACAAGCACAAACCCAAGGAUCAAAAUUUAUCCUUUUUCUUGUGCUUGCGCUUAUGCUUGCGUUUGCGCUGCAGCAAGUGAAAGCGAAAUACCUCUCAGGCAUAACACAAGCACAAGGAUAUUUACCACACGUGGUUAAACAGUUUCGCGCCUA